AAAGCGGGCAUGAGUUAAGGAGAUAUAAAGGAACAAAUCACGGUUUCUAACGUGGGGACUAAAACAAGGAGAAAGUUUUGUUUCGGAACAACCAUUGGAGUGCAUUGUGAGCAGCAAGAAACCAUUCAACUCCGACCUCCGAUGCAAAGGCUUCAUGGCAUAAAGCCUGUCCUCACAUUCAGCCAGUCCCUGGGGAGAGCUGCCGAGGAGCUCACUACUCUGACGCCCCGCUGCCAUUUUCCACAGCCUGAGGGGAAUCAGGAAGCAGCCGGCAGGAGCCAUGCCUGCCCUGGCCACCGGAUCCGGCCACGAGCCAGGUCUGUACGAGCUGCUGGCGGCGCUGCCCUCCCAGCUGCAGCCCCAUGUCAGCCGCCCCGAGGACAACACCUUCCUCCAGGACAUGUUCGGGGAGAGAAGCCUCCGCUCGUUGGUCAAGAUCCACGAACAGCUGCAGCACUACGAAGAGAGCAAACCAGUCCCCGCUCUGGACAACGCUGCUGCUCUGGCCCAUGAAUUGUCUGAGGAGCUGGAAGGGAAAUCAGCAAAUGGAGAAAUCAAUGAGCUUCUCAAGAUACUGGCAAAACCCCACGUGAAGAGCCUCCUGUCAGUCCACGACACCAUCGCCCAGAAGAGCUACGACCCCGAACUACCUCCACUGCCUGAAGACAUCGACGACGAUGAGGAUUCGGUGAAAAUCAUACGACUGGUCAAGAAUAAGGAACCUCUCGGAGCAACGAUAAGACGUGACGAACACACAGGAGCCAUCCUCGUGGCCCGGAUCAUGAAAGGAGGAGCCGCCGACAGAAGCGGGCUGAUUCAUGUCGGAGAUGAACUGAAGGAGGUCAAUGGAAUCCCUGUGGAUGACAAGAAACCAGAGGAAAUCAUUCGUAUUCUGGCCCAGUCACAAGGAGCUAUUACCUUUAAAGUUGUCCCCGGAGCCAAGGAGGAGGCUCCAGCCAAGGAGCCAAAGGUGUUUAUGCGAGCACUCUUUGACUACGACCCAAAGGACGACAAAGCCAUCCCAUGUAAGGAGGCUGGACUGGCCUUCAAGAAGGGCUCCAUCCUUCAGAUCAUGAGCCAAGAUGAUGCAACCUGGUGGCAGGCCAAACACGAGGGAGAGGCCAACCCCCGUGCCGGCCUAAUCCCGUCCAAACAGUUCCAGGAGAGGAGAUUUGCACUGCGGCGACCUGUUGCGACCCUCCCGCUCCAGAGGACCUCUAGCCGGCGAUCAUCUGGGUUCAGGAGAAGCUUCCGUCUGAGCAGGAAGGACAGGAAGACCAACAAGAGCAUGUACGAGUGUAAGAAGAGCGAAAUGUACGACAUGGCUGACGUGCCCACAUACGAGGAGGUCACUCAGUACCGCAGGCAGAGUGGAGCCAAGCACAGACUGGUGGUCCUAGUAGGACCGACGGGAGUGGGCCUGAAUGAGCUCAAGAGGAAACUGUUGGUCUCAGACCCGCAGCACUUCAGUGUGACCAUCCCACACACCAGUCGGCCUAAGAAGAACCAGGAGAGCGACAGCGUGGAGUACCACUUCAUCUCCAAACAUCUCUUUGAGACGGAUAUUCACAAUAACAAGUUCAUCGAGUACGGCGAGUACAAAGGGAAUUACUACGGGACAAGUCUAGACUCGGUACGCUCCGUGCUGUCCAAGAACAAAGUGUGUCUAUUGGAUGUCCAGCCUCAUACCAUAAAGCACCUGCGAACAGCAGAGUUUAAACCCUUUGUCGUGUUGGUGAAGCCUCCUCCCAUUGAAAGAUUGCGGGAGACCAGACAGAACGCCAAAAUCAUAUCAGGCAAGGACGACAAGGGAACCGCCAAGCCCUUCACGGAGGAGGACUUCCAGGAGAUGGUGAACAGUGCCCAGACGCUGGAGGCUCAAUAUGGCCAGCUGUUUGAGAAGGUCAUAGUGAACGAUGACCUCUCGGCGGCCUUCAGCGAGCUGCGGUUGGCGCUAAAGAAAGUGGAGACGGAGACUCACUGGGUUCCAAUCAGCUGGACUCACUCCUGAGGUCCACACUGAGGAGAAAAGGGAAGGGCUUUGACAAAAAUAUGCAGGUUUUUUAUCUUUCUAGUCUGUUGUGGCUGGUGUUGGGGGGAUAACGGGAAUAAAACAAGACAGACUGCUGCGUCGCCAUACCUGAUCUGCACGGAGCUAAAAAUAAUGACUGAGAUGGGGUUGGAUUUAGACCUCGGCUGUGGUCUGGAUGUGGAUCUCCAGGUCUGACCAGAUCUGACAGGGCUGAGGCGAAGGGCGCCUGUCCAGAAUAGAGCCUUGGACGUUGAUCUUGGGCUCAGUCUGGGAGCUCCUUGGUCCAAACCAGAAUGUGGAAGGAGCUUGGACCAUCACAGCACCAACAGUCCUGCCAGGACUCCGUCUUUAGUGUGUUUAUAACAUUAGACCAUUAGAAAACCAAAGGGAUUGACAUAUUUCUUCUCUGGACAACUUUACAUGCAUAUGUCUGUAAAAAAAACACAAACUCUGAGGGGAAUAGGGGAAUUUGCCUUCUGUCUUACUAUAUUUCUGUGCUUCUAUAAUGCUUCCAAGACUGUUUCUCCAAACAUAACAUCGUCAGGUACACUCUCAAGAAAGGGCAGCAAGUAUAAUUUUAUUUAAGAGAAAUUAAUAUAUUUUCUAAUGUCCUCCGGUUGUUUUUUUAAAUACUGUUUUUAUACAUAUCUUGACUUUCAAAGCAACCUGAUCCCGACUGUUGCCCCCUCUGUGACAGCUUUUCACACCAGAGGCGUCUCUUCUUUCACUCAAGUGUUUGGAUUUCAUCACCCUGGUCUAGUUUUCCCCCUACAAAGCACAUAGAGAGCCGUUUUAUUUAGGUGUUAUAUAUUCCAUUUAGGAGCAUUUUAAAAAAGCCACCCUUCAUAUGAAGGUGCCCAGCAUAACAGCUUUGCCAUUUAAAGUCCCAGAACUGGACACGUUUGGCUGUCUGCUAGAAGAAAAUGUUCACAAUUGUGUUUUAUUAGGGUGGAGUCUUUAUUUUUAUUAACAUAAAAAAUGGCUUGAGUAAGGCUGCUAAUAGAGGGUCCACAGCCACACGUCCAGAGAUUUAACUCUGAGAAAUGCUAAGUAGCUGCUCCGGACUUUAUGAGCAUUAGAAGUUUAUUGCUAAUUUGAGUCUCCUAUUCCCAGUCAAACUUACUCCGUUUUUACUCUUCUAACUUCUAACUGAUUUUCAAAGCAGCUAGUCAUUAAUCCUGGCUGUAUUAUUAUAAUCAUUAACAGUGUAACAGCCCUGCUAGCUCCUUGGUUCUUUGCUGAUCAUGUAAAAAGA